AUGCUCUUCCGGGCGCGUUGCAACCACCGCCGCUGCUCCCGGGGCGCUGAAGGCCAAGGGACGUGCACCGGACCAGUCGGGCCGAGGACCACCUGCGAAGGAAGACUCCCCGGCGUGGUGCAGUGUGGUUGUGGUUGUGGCUGCGGUCGCUCGCCCGCUGACUGCCGCGGGGCAGUUUGUGGUGGAGAAGGAUCGAGUAGCAUUUUGCUACUCUUUGCCGUGUCUGCAGCUCGACCAGACGAGACGAAAGGAAAUGUUCCUAAGCCGGCGAUGAGUUCUUUGACUUUUGCGGAUGCCCUGAAGUCGUCGUCGCCGGCGGCGAAGAAGACGUCGACGAGCGAGGCGCCGCGCGAGGCCUGCCCCACGGACAGCGUCACCUCCAGCUACGGCGUCGGCCCCACCGACGAGCACGGCCGGCCGCUCUUCGGCCUCAAGGCGCUGCGGCGCCAGAACACCGGCACCAACACUCAGCCCCCGUCAGGUGAGCCUCGCGCGCCUCUGGCGCACCUCUUGCUGGGCACCAACACUCGGCCCCCGUCAGGUGAGCCAUGCGUGCCUUUGGCGCACCUCUUUCUGGGCACCAACACUCGAUCCCCAGCAGUUGAGCCAUGCGUGCCUUUGGCAUAC